CAGAUGAUUUGGUUGUCAUCACACCGCUGUUUGAGAAAUCUAACUGUGUGCAAAUUCAGCCAUAGCAUCACAAAGCUUUAUACCAUGGAAUGAAGCCCUUUGAUCUAUUCUAUUCAUGCUGGUCAUUAACCACCUAUCCGCUCUAAUCCCAUGCCCAGCAGUUGGCCCACUGCCUUCUAUGAUGUAGUGUUUCAAUUCUCCUUUCUACGCUCAGGUCCUAUCUAAUUAGCAGUGGUAAGGGAAAAACCACUGUUGAGUGUGAGCAAGAAUGAGGCAUCUGUCUUGACAACAAGAUAUAACCUAUUGUAUGAUGGCCAAAGGCUUCAAUUAAAUUGAUUAGACAGGGAUAAUUAUAAAGGCUAUCAGGAGCCAGAAAUGGCAUGCUUGUUUCCAUCAGAAGAUUGAGACUGCUUCUUCUCUGCCCAAAGACUGUGUGAUAUAAUCAGGUGGGUGGAUUUGGCAUUAACUCUUUCUGACCAACAGAGAGCUGUGAGUAGCAUUAUAUAAAGUGUCUUCUUUAAAGUUUUCUAGUGGGCCUUCUCUUUGUACCUUUAUUGACCAACAUCAAUGCUUCUAGUGAUUCUGCAUUCGUUCAAAGGAAGUGAUGAACUCACACUAUAAUUGAUUUGAUUUGGACCUAUCCAUUUUCAUGGCAUUCAGCUCUGUUCCAUUCUAGUUGGGACUUUAUUGGUUGUGUGAUUUGAAUGUGCUACCUAUCCUACAGCAGGGGUAGAAAGGACACAGAGAUCUGACAGGUGGUGCCUAUUGUUAAUAAGACUUGUCAGCCUGUGCUCCUCAGCUUAGACAAAAGCAUUAAAACAGCUGCCUGUGGAUGUUAAUGCAACAUUGUGAACAACAAUCUGGCAUUUUGUUGACAACCCCUUGCAUCAGGUCCCUUGCAGUACCCCAAUAAUGUUACUGAUCACAUUAAAAAUCUUAGCACAAUUUCUUAUUAAUAUCAGCCUCUAUCUUCUCUUUUUUUAAAAAUUAUACAGGUAUUUGAAGAAAGGAUUAUGGUUUUAUUUCCGGAUGAUCUUAUUAUCCUCUCCACUGAUGAACAGAAAACCAUUGUUCAGUAUGAAGGAAGACUUGCGACUCAAAGCAUCAGAGCUUUGGAAAGAUCAGCUCGUGUAGGGCAUCUUGAGUUUGAAAUUACAGGUAACAUGAUGGAGCCUGUGAAAGUCUCUUGUGCAAAGCCAGCUGAAUACAAAAAGUGGUUUUUCCACCUCCAGAAGCCGGACUAUAGUACCAACACUCUGCCUUCGAAUGGGCAGCUCCCACCUAAACCACCCAAGAAGAGAAGCAGCUGUCGUUAUUGAGGUUGUUCUUGCACAGCCUUGUGAAUCAUCAUGGCCAUCCCCAGUUUACACUUGAAAGGUGUGAAAGCUUCGGAACAGCGAUCCUGAAGACACUACUGACACACUGUUUGACUACUUCCAAUAUCUUUGAAACUGCCCUAUUUAGUGAGUGGCAGAAUCAUGUUUCUCUAAAAUAUUCAUUAUUGGCCUCCCUGCCCCAUGACUCAGCACAAACCGAAUGGAGAUAGACAGGCAACCUGUUUGUGGACUUCUGCUGAUAUCACUCUGAAACUGACUGCAAGAUUGAGCAGCUUGCAUUAUAUUCAACCCAUGUUCCUUCCCUCUGUAUUACACUUGACAGCAUUGCAAUUGAAAUUCUUAACAUGCUAUGUGGAAAAAUCAUACUCACAAAUAAUUUCUUGCUGCUCUUUUUCAACGACGUGAUAUAACUACAAUGGGUUUGACCACAGUGGGCACCAGAAACUAAAAUGUCAAGUCUGGAAAACAGAGCUCCUCCCAGUGAGACCGGCACAAUUUAAGGUGCACUCCUUACUUUGACUGUGUUAGUUGAUCUCACCUGAGACUGAGGUAGGGGGGGCCUUCACAUAUUCUCAGAAGCAGUGAGCUUUGUCCAUUACACUGCUACUGGGUUUUGGGAGCAUGCAGAUAUUGGGUGAAGAAGCCAAGCUCAGAAGUCAUGUGUCUGAAGUUGUAUUCCAUCCUCACAAACAGAGCUAUCACUUCCAUUGAGAUGCAUUGUGGUUACUGUCACUAAAGGAGUUAUGGCCCAGGAUGAGGUGCUGCCUUCAGAUGAGAAAGGAGUGAAAAACUGUUUUGAUUAAAUCAGUUCUGGAAUAUGGCUAGUGUUUAUCAUCCAUUCCUCACGAUUGAUCGGAAAACAUGGGUGAGGCUUCUUUUUGAACAAUUGCAGUCCACGUGGUAAAGCAAGUCCCGGGCUGAACUUAGAUAGAGUGUUCCAGCAUCUUGUUCUGACAACUGUAAAGCACAGCUCUACAGGUCCCAUUAAUGUCCUUUGUAAGCUUUCUUUUAUAAUGGCAUUGUAUUUUUACAUUUGGAGGAGAUACUAAUGUCAGCGGUGUGGUGAAGAUCAGUCAAAUCAGUGAUGUGAUAAGAAAUUGCCAGUUUGAGUACAUGACUCUCCAUCUCAUCAGCAUUUACAGAUUACAUCUUUUAAAACAACUUUUAAAAUGUCAUUGUAAUAACCUAUUUGUUGAUGGCGUUUCAAUGUGCCUUCUAUUUCUUAAGGGGAUAUGUGUGAUAAAGAUCUUUAGUCUUUCAUUGCAACUUUCAAAACAAGAAACUUUACUUUUUGUCAGGUUUCAAAGGAAUGCUGUUCCAUAUCAAUAGGAACUUUCAUCUGUGGAGCUCACUGCCUUGUGGGUAUUGCUUUGGUUUCAGCAGAAACAAAUGCACUCGAAGAGAAUGUGCUUACUCUCUGUAGAGUGAAAUAUCACUGAAAUGUCCAUACUCCACAAGAGAAUCCAUGUUACAAGCCUUCCUUAGUAACAACCAUGAAAUCAUUUUUCUCUUAAAACAGAAUUAUUUAUGUAUUAUCAUUUAUGGAUACAAUUUAGAGUUGGAAAUAAUUUUAAAGCUUUCAUUUUUAGAAAGGAAUCUGAUAAACAUUAUGGGAAGAAACUGUUUCCACUGGCAAAAGGGCUGGUAACCAAAGGACACAGAUUUUAAGGCAAUUUGCAAAGAAAUUGGCAGGGGGAGGGGGCAGGAUGGGUUCAGGGGGUAGGCGCUGUGGAAUGAAGAGAUUGCUAUUUUAAGUUGCACAUUGGAAUGCACUGUUUGACAGCAGAUUCAAUGGUAACUUUCAAAACGGAAUUGGACAAGAAAAUCUGUGAGGAAAGAAUGGGUGAGUGGGACCAAUUAGUUUGCUCUGAAAGAGAAUCAGCACAAACAUAAUGGGAUGAAUGGCCUCUUUCUGUGCUUUAAGAUCUAUUAAUCAAGUUUCUUACAUUUGAGUCCAGUCUUAAAGCCUGUGCUGCUAGGGUUGUGGUGAGAAAAGGUCAGCCAAGAUAUUAUUUCAAGCUCCUUUGUGUUGAACGCCAGUGGAUGGAACGUGUGUACAGAUUUCAGUCUCAUUGUUUGUGAGGGUUGGGCAUGCAAUACACUGUCCUUGGCUGACACCUGGGAAAUGGUUAGUUGGCUGAGUAUGCCACUCGUACCUGGGAAAGCAUAUGCCAGAAACGGAUACAUGCUUUCAACAGCACAGGAAGUUGAGAAAAGAAGAUACAUAGAAAUAUAGAUUGUGAGCACAAACUGGCAAGUUACUCUAUUUCUAAGCUCAGUUACAUUUUCACACUUGGCACUUUGAAUUUUCUACCCCGAUUUCUCAUGUAAAUUAUUUUUUAUGUUUUCUCUAUGUUGAAUAGUGUUUUCUGUUAUAGAGGCAACCCAGAUCUGUAUUUAUAAUAUUCUGGAGUAUCUUUGUGAUGGCACUUGCUAAAUUUAUACUAUAACUUAAUUCUGGAAAAUAUCUUUCCUUUUUUAGCAUGUCCCUUCCUUUUGAUUUCUGAUUUAACUUUUUUUUUCCGCUCUCAAUCUUGGUUCAGUGAUCGUACUCUUACUUUUGUGUCGGAGGAUUGUGUGUUUGAGUCUAACUGCUCAGUUAUGACUUUGGCUGUCACUUCUGUGCAGUAUUAAGGGAGUAGUGUACUGUCUGAGGAGCAAUCUGCGGGAGUGAGACAUUAAAUCAAAGUCCUGCUUAAUCGCAGGUGUAUUAACUGUACAUUAAUCGUGUUCAAUUGCAUGUAGGUGAUGAAUAGUAAUUAGAGUUUCACUUGGGUACUUAUAAUGAGACUGAUUGGAACUGCUCUAUUUUAAUUAGGAGAUGUACGCUUGUAAUGUUUAACUAUGUAAAUAAAUGUAAAACUGAC